CUGGGUUGCUUAGCGUCGCGCGGGCGGGGGACCGGCACUGACGUAGGGCGCUGCGCCCCCGUGCCCCGGAGCAGCACCCCGAGGGAGCCCCCCCGAGCCUCCGGCCAUGGCUUCCCUGCUCGCCAAGGACGCUUAUCUGCAGAGCCUGGCCAGCAAGAUCUGCGCCCGGCCCAGCCCCGAGCCGCACCAGCGCAAGUCGAGGGGCAAAGCUCAAGGCUCAGAAGCUGCUGGCCCCCCCAAAAAGAAGAGGAAGAGGGCACAGAAGAAACCCCGGGAGCAGAGGGAGAAGGCCGUGGAGUCCAAGGCCCAGGCCCUGGGGGAGAAGCCUCGGGCAGCUUCCCAGGCCAGGAAGCCCUUGGCAGCCAAGCAGGAGAGGGCCUCUGACUCCUCCGGGGUCCCUGCAGAUGGCCCGGCCACGGAGUCCGACUCCCUCUUUGCCCUGGAUGUUCUGCGGCAACGGCUGCAUGAGAAGAUCCAGGAGGCCCGGGGCCAGGGCGCCACCAAGGAGCUGUCCCCCGCCGCUUUGGAGAAAAGACGGCGGCGGAAGCAGGAGCGGGACCGGAAGAAGAGGAAGCGGAGGGAGCUGAGGGCGAAGGAGAAGGCGGCAAAGGCCGCGGGGCCCGUGGAGGCUGCGGACCCGGCCCCCGAGGCGCCCGGCCAGGAGGCGCAGGGCCAGGCAGGGCUGCUGUUCAACAAGGUGGAGGUGGGCGGCGAGGAGCCGGCCAGCAAGGCCCAGCGCCGGAAGGAGAAGCGGCAGAAGCUGAAGGGGAACCUGCCGCCGCUGACGGGCAAGAACUACCGGCAGCUGCUGGAGCGGCUGCAGGCGCGGCAGGAGCGGCUGGAGGAGCUGCGGGAGCAGGACGCGGGGAAGGCGCGGGCGCUGGAGAGCAAGAUGCAGUGGACGGCGGCGCUGUACCGGGCCGAGGGCGUGCGGGUCCGCGACGACGAGCGCCUGCUGCAGGCGGCGCUGAAGCGCAAGGAGAAGCGGCGGGCGCAGCGGCAGCGCCGGUGGGAGAAGCGCACGGCCCACGUGGUGGAGAAGAUGCAGCGGCGGCAGGAGCACCGCCGCCAGAACCUGCGCCGGAAGAAGGCGGCCAAGGCCGAGCGGCGCCUGGAGAAGGCCCGCAAGAAGGGCCGGGUCCUGCCGCAGGACCUGGAGCGGGCCGGCCUGGCCUGAGGGCGCCUGGCGGCCCCGCCCUGGCCCCCGGCCCCCCUGCGGCUGCAGCAGCGCUGGGCCGGCCCCAGCCCAUGCGCACUCACACUCACUCACAGGCUGGGUCACGUGGGCGAGGGAGGACGUUAUUGAGAACAGGAGCCCAGGCCCCAGGGGAGGGGACCAGGUGGGCUCCCGCCUUCUCUUGUGACUCCGGGAACCACCACCCCUCCCCCCCAAGUGUGCAGGCUGAGGGGCGAGGGAGCAGUGUGGAGGCCCUGGGACUUGGGGCGCUCGCUGCUCCUCCCCUGCCGUGUUCACAGGAGCAGGAAGGAAAGGCCUUGGUGGCUGCCGGCGUCACUUGGAAGCGACAAAAACCAGCGCCCGCAGCCCGAGCCCAGGAUGGAGCUGACGGCUGGUCACUGGGGGAAGGGAAGGCGGUGACCUCGGGUGGGACUGGAAUGGCAUUGUUCUAUUUGUAAGAAGGGUGAGAAUUAGAGUUCAAGGUAAACAUGCACAUUAAGAAUCCUAACAGCCCAGCCUGCGCGGCUCAGUGGUUGCGCAUCAACCUAUGAACCGGGAGGUCAUGGUUCAGUUCCCGGUCAGGGCUCGUGCCCAGGUUGCAGGAGGCAGCCUAUCAAUGAUUCUUAUCAUUGAUCUUUCUAUCUCCCUCUCUCUGAAAUCAACAAAAACAUUUAAAUAUAUAUAUAUAUAUAUUCAUUUCAGAGAGAGAGAGAAACAUCAGUGAUGAGAGAAUCAUUGAUGGGCUGCCUCCUGCAUGCCCCCCACUGGGGAUCGCGCCUGCAAUCGGGGUAUGUGCCCUUGAUCUGAAUUGAACCUGGGACCCUUCAGUCCGCAGGCCGACUCUAUCCACUGAGCCAAACCAGCCAGGGCAAUAAAAAUGUAUUUUCAAAUAGAAAAGGGUGUUUCUUCAUCUUUAUGUAAAUAAAUGAUACCAUUUGGACGUGAAAAUUCAAGUAUUGAAGGUUAAGUUUAUUCAGUAUAUAAACACAAAGUUUAUCCUAUUGGGUGGGGAGGGAAAAUACGGGUAAGUACACAGAGAAUGAGUCAGUGUCAUAACUCAUGAAAGGGCAUUAAUAUCACAUUGUUUAAGCAAAUAGAGGAUGAAAGGUUUAUGAAAUUAUGACUAACAAUUUCCCACUGGAUUAAAGUUCAAAUGUUUUUUGUUUUUUUAAAAUUGAUCCUUAGAGGGGAAGGGAGAGCGAGAGAGAGACAUCAGUGAGAAAGAAACAUCAAUUGGCUGCCUCCUGCAUGGCCUCCACCAGGGAUGGAAGCUGAAACCUGGGCAUGUGUCCUGACGGGGAGUCAAACCAGUGACCUUUGGUGCAUGGGUUGAUACUCAACAACUGAAUCUUAACACCUGCCAGGCUAAACUCCACAUCUUUCAAAUUACUGGGGGAAAAAAAAACAUAAAGGAAACAAACCACACAGGGUAAGGUCCUCCGCUAUUAAAAACAAGAAAUAAAAAUACCUUCAUUGA